CAGGGGCAGAGCAGCGGAGCUGAGGAUGGCGGCGCCCGGCUCCUUCCCGCUGCUGGUCGAGGGGUCCUGGGGCCCCGACCCCCCGGAGAGCCUGCCCACCAAACUGCAGCUGUACUUCCAGAGCGCGAGGAGGUCGGGCGGCGGGGCGUGCGAGGUCCUCCGGGAGCCCGGCAGCCCGCCCCGCUUCCUGGUGGUCUUCCAUCUAGAGGACGUUCAGCAAAGAGUUCUGGAGAGAAAGAACCAUGAGUUAGUAUGGCUAGGAAAAGGAACAUUCCAGUUGACUGUCCAGUUGCCCACAGCCCCAGAUGAAGUCCAGGAUGUCUUUGAGGGGGAAAUUCCAACAAAGGAAUUGGAGACCAAAGAACAUGUCAAAGAGCCAGAUGUGUCAGAAGAACUGGAUAUAAAACUUUCUCUCAGAAGAGCAGAGAGAAUGGAAGAUACCUCAGAAGAAUGUGAAAAUACUUCCUCUUUGGUUGCAUUUGAAAAUCUCAAGGCAAAUGUAACUGAUAUAAUGUUAAUCUUGCUAGUGGAGAAUGUAAGCGGCCUGUCCAGUAAUGAUUUCAAAGUGGAAGUAUUACGAGAUUUUGAUGUUGCUGUAGUUACCUUUCAAACGCAUACAGAUGCCAUCAAAUUUGUUGAUGAUUGUGCCAGGCACCAUUCAGUGAAACAACUUCAGCUUUCUCCAAGACUUCUGGAAGUGACAAAAACAAUCAGGGUUGAAAACUUGCCACCUGGUGUUAAUGACUAUAAUUUGAAGUGUUUAUUUGAAAAUCCACAAAAUGGAGGAGGAAGAGUUGCCAGUAUUGAAUGUUUUCCUGAAGAGAAUUCGGCUCUGAUUGAGUUUUUUGACAAAAAAGUGUUAUGCACCAUCAUGACGAAGAACCUUGAAUUCAAACAUAUGCCACUCUCUGUGUUUCCGUACUAUACCUCUCUGGGCACAGCCUUGUACGGAAAGGAAAAACCUCUGAUCAAGCUUCCGGCACCAUUCAGAGAACCAUUAGAUCUUCCCUUAUGGAGGUUCUUGCAGCAAAAGAAUCAUCUGAUCAAGGAGAUAAAUGAUGAAGCGAGACGAUGUCACUGUGAACUAAUAUGGUCUAAACUCAGUGCUGAAGUUACUAUCAGACCUGCGACCACAUUAUUCUGUCUAGGUAGACUGAAAAUCAGGACCUGGAGGGAAGAUGUUUCGAUGGCAUUCUCUAGCAUCAGGUCUAAGUAUAAAGUUACUACGCUUACUGUGGACCCCACGGUGUGGGACACCGUAAGAAAUCAUUUAGAAGACGACAGGAUUUUGAUAGAGUUUGAUACACUGACAGGGACUGUAACCUUAGUGGGGAAAUCAGAGGAUGUACAGAACGUGGAGCCACAAAUCAAGGAAUUAAUAGAAAGUACCGUUCAAAAAAUUAAGAGAGAAGAGCAAAGUCUAGAGGAAAAAGUGGCUCUUUCUCCCGGAAGGUAUUCUCUUUUGUGUCACAGCAACGCCCUAGAGCAUCUCCGCACUGAGUGCCCAGAGGUGGAGAUGUGUUACGACAAAGCUUCUCAACACAUGUGCUUCAAGGGUCUCCACGCAGAUGUGAAUAAAGCAAAGUGUGAAAUACAGAAGAAGAUGCACAUCAUGGUUCAAAAAAGCAUCGAGCUUCCCCCUGAGAUUUUCCAGUUUUUGCAACAAGUAGACUGUGUAGAAUUCUCGAAGUCUCUUUUGGUGGCACAGAAAAUUCUUGCAGUUUAUGAGCUAGCAGGUACAGCUGUCGUCCUAACCGGCUAUUCCUCUGAAGUCCUAUCGGAUGCCGCAAAGCAGAUGGUCACCGCCUUAAGUUACAAGCGCCUGGACCUUAAGGACGGGGAAGUUCUUAAAGGCAGGAAAUGGAAAGGGCUCACUCAGAGUUUGCACAGGAGACAUAAUUCGCCCUCUAGGACUGUGAUCAUCGACGAGCUCACUUCAGAAACCAAAGCCGAGGUCGUCAUCGCCGGCUGCACGAGCCAAGUGAAUGAAACCCACAGCUUGCUGUUCAACUUUGUGGAAAAGCACAUGAGAGUAGAGCGACUGAUCGAAAUCGAGCCUCCCAUCGUCAUUGAUUACUUGAGGAGAGAGAAGAAGCUCUGCUGGCAGAAGAUGAAGAGGACAAACGUCCAGGUCAUUUUCAACCCGGAGAACAGAGCCCAAGGUGUCCUGCUGAUCGGGCCUCGGGCCAGGGUCCUGGAGGGCGUGAGGCUCCUGGGCCAGGUGCGGGAGGCCGUGCGCGUGGAAAGCCUGCAGGUGCACACGCCGGGGGCCAGCCGGCUCUUCCGGGAGAAGGCGCCCUAUUACAGAAGCGAGGUCCAGCGGCGGUUCGGCUGUUGCCUGGAGCUGCAGGAGGCCGCAGGGGCGGCAGGCCGGGGCGACGCGCACAGGGGCCUGCCUCGGGUGGAGCUGCGCCCUGGGGUGGCCCUGGCCGUGCAGCGGGGUGACCUGACCCGCUUCCCCGCCGCCCAGGCCGUGGUGAGCCCCGCCAGCGGGGACCUGCAGCUCCGCGGGGGCCUGGCGGCCGCGCUGGCCCAGACGGCGGGCCCCGCGCUCCAGGAGGACUGCAGCCGGCUACUGAGGACGGCGGGCCCCAUCCCUGUGGGCGGCGCCGUGGCCUCCACGGCAGGGAAGCUGCCCUACCGCCUGGUCAUCCAUGCCGUGGGGCCCCAGUGGAAGGACAGCGAGGCCUUGAGGUGCGUGUCCCAGCUCAAGGCGGCCGUGAAGCAGAGCCUGCGUCUGGCCGAGGCGCACGGCUGCAGGUCCGUGGCCAUCCCUGCCAUCAGCUCCGGACUCUUCGGCUUCCCCUUAGCUGUGUGCGUCAGCACUAUCGUUCUGGCCGUCCAGGAAAGCUGCCAGCUGAGCCACGAUGGGCACUCCCUGAAAGAGAUUUACCUGGUGGAUGCAGCGGAGAAGACCGUCCAGGCCUUCGCGGACACUGUGGCAGCGCUGGCCAAGGCCCCUGGACCCGCCGCCGUGCAGCCCGGCCCGACAGGUGUCCAUGCAAGCGGACAGAUGUCGCUGUCCCAGGGCAAUCUGAGGGUCCUGCUGGUGAAAGGAGAUGCACAGAGAGCUGCGGCUGACGUUAUUGUCAACUCCGUUCCCGUGGAUCUCAAGCUUAAUAGAGGGCUCCUUUCCCAAGCCCUCUUGGCAAAAGCUGGGCCAAAGCUCCAGGAGGAACUGGACACGGUGGGACGAGCAGUGGCUGUUGGCAUGGGCACAGUUCUCCAAACCAGUGGAUGCGAUCUGCACUGUCGCUACGUGCUUCACGUGGUGGCUCCGGACUGGGAAGAGGGCAGCACGUCUUCACAAAAGAUCAUGAGAGACAUAAUCAGAAAAUGUCUGGAAAUCACAGAGAGCCUGUCCUUAAGAUCAAUUGCAUUUCCAGCAAUAGGAACAGGAAAUUUGGGGUUUCCAAAAACUAUUUUUGCUGAAUUAAUAACUUCGGAAGUGUUAACAUUUAGUAGCAAGACUCAACUGGCAGCUUUACAAGAGGUUCAAUUUCUGCUCCACCCGAAUGAUCAUGAAAAUAUUCAGGCAUUUUCAGAUGUAUUUGCCAGAAGGACUAAUGGAAAUGUCAGUGACACAAUUCCCAAGGCUGAAGAUGCACAAGGUUCCUAUGGGACUGUGUCUAGCCCAAAUGUAGACAUGCAUGAAAUGAAGAUUGGUCCCAUCAUCUUCCAGGUGGCCUCUGGAGAUAUCACCAAAGAAGAGGCAGAUGUGAUCGUAAAUUCAACAUCGAAGACAUUUAAUCUCAAAGCAGGAGUGUCCAAAGCAAUUCUAGAAUGCGCUGGACAAAAUGUGGAAAUGGCAUGUUCUCUCCUAGCUCAAAAGGGCAACAGUGAUUAUAUAGUUACAGAAGGUGGAUUAUUGAAAUGCAAGAAUAUCAUUCACGUCAUUGGUGGAAAUGAUGUCAAGAAAUCCAUCUCCUUUGUUUUGCAAGAGUGUGAAAAACGGAAUUACUCAUCCAUUUGCCUCCCAGCCAUUGGGACAGGAAAUGCCCAAAAAGACCCAGAUAAGGUUGCUGAUGCCAUAAUUGAUGCCAUUGAAGACUUUAUACAGAAAGGAAUGCUCAAGUCUGUGAAAAAAGUUAAAGUUGUCAUCUUUCUGCCUCAUCUACUGGACGUGUUUUAUGACAGCAUGAAAAAAAGAGAAGCAUCUCAGUCUUCUCCCCAACAGUCUCUGGAGUCUAAAUUAAAAUCAUCUGUGAGUUCCCCAAGUCAGUCUCCACAAAAGCAGAAUCCUUUGGUUUUGAAAAAGAAAACAGAAUCAGCAAGUUUUCAGGUGUGUGGUGAAAAUGUAAAAUGUAUGAAAAAUGCUCUCUCCUGGAUACAGGAUCUGAUUACAAAGGAACUGAGUCCUUACACCAAUGAAGAUGAGUGUAUCAAAGACUUUAAUGAAAAAGAAUAUCACAAAUUGAAUGAGCUGCAGGAGAAAUUAAAUAUUGCCAUUUGUUUGGACCGUGAAAGACCUUUGAUUGAGGUUUUUGGAACUGGCAACGAUUUGACACAGGCUAGAAAUGCAAUUGAGGAAAUGAUCAAGGGAAUUAGAUUGGCCAAAGAACAGAAAUCCCAGGCAGAUUUUAUCAGUGAAUUUAUAGAAUGGCAAUAUUACAACAAUGGCACUUUUCAUAGUUUUGACAAAAUAACUAAUCUGCAAUUGGAGAAUGCAAGGAAGGCAAAGAAAAGGACAACUCUUGUAAAAGUUAAUCAUAAGAGCUACACAGUGGACCUCGUCACAAACGUUGCUACAGAUGCAAAAGGACACCAUUUACCUGUUAAGCGCUUUAUGAAAUCUGAAGUGGUGAUCCCUGAGCACUGGAGUGAUAUGAAGCAGCAGGAUGUCUGUGUGGUUGAGCUACAGCCUGGUCAUGCAGAAUAUGACACAGUGGCAACCAAGUUUAAUCAGACCUGCUCACACCUCUACAUAGAGAAGAUUGAGAGGAUCCAGAAUCCACAUCUCUGGAAUAGCUACCAAACAAAGAAGAAAGCCAUGGAUGCCAAGAAUGGGCAUAAAAACAAUGAGAAGCAGCUCUUCCAUGGGACAGAUGCUGACUCGGUACCACAUGUCAACCACAAUGGCUUUAACCGCAGUUAUGCCGGAAAGAACGCUGUGGCGUAUGGAAAGGGAACCUAUUUUGCUGUCAAUGCCCGUUAUUCUGCUAAUGAUACCUACUCCAGACCGGACAGAAAUGGGAAAAAGCAUAUGUAUUACGUGAGAGUACUUACUGGAACCUACACACGUGGAAAUCAGUCACUAAUUGUGCCUCCUCCAAAGAGUGCUGAUAACCCUACUGACCUGUAUGACACUGUCACGGAUUGUGUUCAAAAUCCCGGUUUAUUUGUGGUAUUUUAUGACUACCAGGCUUACCCAGAGUACCUCAUUACUUUUACCUAUUAACGUUUUUGGUGUCCUUCCCAGAAGACCUUGCUCAUCUAUACAUAUGGAGUUGUAAAACAAGUCUUAGAUUCCCCCCCCCCCUUACAGCUUUUUCUAAGAUCAAGGGAUCCUUGUCACUGAAACAGACUUUCUUCAGCUUCUCCAUCAUUGGAAUGAACCUAUCUUAAGAGCAAUAAAUUUGAGAAUUUAACUCAGAUAACUUAGUUACAACUGUGUGUCUACAACUGUGGACAUCAAAUCUGAAGAAGGAAAGAACAGGUUUGUAUUUUCGGGAAGAGAAAAGAAAGCUCACCUUAAAGAUAGAGGGCACAGCUAGGCAAUGUCAGCUGCUGCUGGGGACAGCUGGUAUCACAUCAGGAAGCCAUAUUCCUGUGAGGGGCACAGGAUUACUGAGUGGAUAGGAUGGCUGACUUCCAUGGGGGCAGGGAUGGUGUCUAACUCUUUUUUUUUUUUUUUGGUCCCUGGCCUGAGGUCUGUGCCUGAUGUAAACAGAUGCUCCAGAAACAUUUCAUAAACCAACUAAGAAGGAAAAAGCCUAGUUAGACACCAACCCAGAGUAGAGGCCAUCUCUUUGACAUCCUUGACUUGUCACUUUGCCUUAAAUCGAACAGAUUCCGUGAUGGGGAACUCCAUUCUUCACGAACUGAACCAUGACCUGUGGGACAGGUCCAGUUGGGGUUCUGUGCCUUGCACAGGUCAGGGGCUGUGGUCUAGUGUGUGGUCCAAGGGAACUGGAUCCCACUGGCUCUGUGCAGCACAGCAGUCCUGGCAGAUCCUUUUUUAUAUUAACCCCAAAUCUGCCUUCAUCUAACUUUUGCUGGUCUUAGUUCUGCCCAGUGACAACCGUGGGAUAAGCCUGCCAUACUUUCAGUGUGAAGCCCUUCUAUUAUAUUAAGAUUAACUAAAUUCUAAUGUUACUAAAGAGCCUAUUUUCUCCGGCAGUCUAGCUUUUGAUUUUAAAGACGUGUGCAUAAGUAAACCAAAGGAAUUGAGCAGUCAUAUUGCUAAUUUGCUAGCUCAGUAUCUAUUAGAUAGUCAAGUGCUGGAUUUUGAAAAAAUUUUCCCCAGGUAAAUUUCAGAUUCAGGUAUUAUUUAUUGAGUACCAGGUAAUAUAAUAGGUGCUUUCAUAUAUUCAUUUUAUUCCCUCAAAUAAUCCCAUCAGGUAAGAAUUAUAUCUCCAUUUUAAAGUUGAGGAAACUGAUGCUCAGAGUGCAAGAAGCUUCCUUGCCUGAGGUCACCUAGGUAGUAGUAGUCCUCAGAGACUGAGCCACAAUCCUGGUUCCUGUAGCACCAAGCUCUUCCCACUACAGAGCAUGGCCUCUUGGUUAAUGUUACCAUUUCAGGAACAUCUCUGGUAAUCUAUGAGUCACCCUCAUAUUUCCUUGGCUUUUUCCUUCUGGCUUUGGCUUCCAUUAUAAUCUCUUCAUUUGAAGCUCUCUGUAGGCCAAGAGGCUAGAGCUGAUGCCUAGCGCAGAUGGUGCCCUCAGACAAGGUGGUAUUGCUAGGAGGUUAAAGGCACUCUUCCGUGGCUAUUAUGAACUCACUUCAAGUACAGCAAGUUGAGGGGGCCAGUUCUGCUUAAUUAACGGACAGGUAUCUUGGAAUUUGUCUUGCUUUUUUUUUUUUAAGAUGUAUUUACUUAUUUGGAGAGCGAGAGAGAGGGAGAGAAGGGAGAGGGAGAGAAUCUCAAGCAGACCCUCUGCUGAGUGCAGAGCCUGACAUUAGGGCUUGAUACCACCACCCCAAGAUCAUGACCUGAACCGAAAUCAAGAGUCAGAUGCUUAACUGACUGAGCCACCCAGGCACCACUGCUGCUGUUUGUUUUUUAAGUGGACUGGCAAAGACUGCUUAGGAGUGGCUUCCCGGCCAUUGGCCUCUGAGCUCAGCCUCGACAAUGGAUGUUAAGAAAUAAAAGGGAAAGGGGCACCUGAGGGGCUCAGGGGUUGAGCAUCUGCCUUUGGCUCAGGUCGUGAUCCCGGGGUCCUGGGAUCAAGUCCAGUAUUGGGCUCCCUGCAUGGAGCCUGCUUCUCCCUCUGCCUGUGUCUCUGCCUCUCUCUGUCUCUCAUUAAUAAAUAAAUAAAAAUAUUUUAAAAAAAGAAAGAAAGGAAAAGGAUAGACUUGCUCUCAGAUUUGCUCUUGUUCUCCAGUGUUAACUCAGGGCAAAUUUGAAUAUCAGGGUGUAUUGUACCAAAGUAUAAUGAUCCCAUCAGUAAACCUUAUAGUUAUCCGCAAUCUAAGGAAAUUUAUAUCUUUUACCUCCUUUUUGAAUAAAGUACUUGAAAAAUACAUUUGGUGGUAAACCUCUUUAUCCUUAAGGGUGGAUACAGGGGCACCUGAGUGGCUCAGUUGGUUGGGUGUCUGCCUUCGGCUUGGGUCGUGGUCUUGGGUUCCUGGGAUCGAGCCCCGUGUCAGGCUCCCUGCUUUGUGAGGAGCCUGCUUCUCCCUCUCCUGCUCCCCCUGCUUGUGCUCACUCUGUCAGAUAAAUAAAAUCAUUUAAAAGAAAAAAGGAUGGAUACAAGAGAGCUUGAUGAUAAAUACAGGUCACUGCUGAAAAGAAAGACAACUAAAUAUGAGAGCAUCAAGGGGUCCUUAAAGUGUUAAUAAUAUUGAGCUGAAAAUUACAGCAAGGGCACAGUACAGGUUUAGUUCAGUACUGCUGAAGGGCAAGUUGACUCCAACAAGAAGCCUCUGCUCAACCAAGCCCACUUGGAGACUGUGAUGGGUUUAGGGGGUAUCCACUAGGGCCAGAGAUUCUUAAACACUUUGGAUAUUUGAAUCACUUGAGGUGUUUGCUGAGCUAGCAAGUUCUGGCCCAUCCCAAAGGAGUCAUGUUCUAUAGCUCUACAGAGGUACCCAGAAAUCUGCAUUUUCAGCAAGCACUUCAAAUGAUUCUGCUGUCCUGAUACUCAGAAUCGUGUAGGACUUUCAUGGUUCCAGGGACUUUUGCCAUCAUGGGCCCCUGACUCCAUAAAAAGUAAGAAGUAUGAGCAAUUACGUUUUACAACUGCAUUGAUAUAAACAUGAAUGCAAUGAAAGCUGGAGUAUAAUAUGUUUGGUUUUUUUUUCCAAAGAAACUAAAACAUUUUGGGGACCCCUAAAGACUCAUGGACCUAAGCACUGCCAACUGGACAGGUCAGCCUUGCUGAUACUUAGGUGUGAUGCUGAGCCAUAUUCUUAAUAGAAAUUUUGUUUUUAAUUCUUACAUUCUCAGUGUGAGCCGAGCUGGAACACACUGCCCUACACAGAGGUGGCCCAGUCCUGAGAACAGGGGAGAAUGAGCCUGUAGUUUUUAAUGCCUCAGGCCUCUGCAGGGUUAAUGUAUUUAUCUAAUAGUUUCACUCACUCAGGCAUACUUAUCUGAGAAAUACAGGAUGAAAUGGGAUCCAGCUCCGAGUGCCUGUCUCCCCCUUUUAGUCUCUCUCCUCACUGCCAUACUCCCCUUCACAGAAGCCAAGGUCUCCAUCUUGAUAAAAUUAGGAAAUUUAUCUCCCAUCACCCACUCAACCUUAGAAAUCCAUUCAUAUCAAUGUCUUAACUCCCUUUGGGUCUCUGCAUGUCAGACUGUUACCUCUAACUGAAUUAAAUGCUUUGUUUCAGAAUAUCUUUCAAACUUUUCUGACCCCAACCUAUAUGAGGACAUGAAGAAACACAUUUAUAGGGCAGCCCUGGUGGCUCAGCAGUUUAGCACUGCCUUCGGCCCAGGACGUGAUCCUGGGGACCCGGGAUCAAGUCCCACGUCAGGCUCCCUGCGUGGAGCCUGCUUCUCCCUCUGCCUGU